AUGCACAUAUUGAACGGCUCCAUCUUCAUGCCUUCUGUACUAACGCUCAUUGGAAUUCCUGGCCUGGAGUCAGUGCAGUGCUGGAUUGGGAUUCCAUUCUGUGCCAUGUACCUCAUUGCUGUGAUCGGGAAUUCCCUAAUUUUAGCUAUAAUCAGAUAUGAAAACAGCCUUCAUAAACCCAUGUACAUCUUUUUAGCCAUGUUGGGGGUGACUGACAUUGCACUUAGCACCUGUAUUCUUCCCAAAAUGUUAGGUAUCUUUUGGUUUCAUUUGCCAGAAAUUUCUUUUGAUGGCUGCCUUCUGCAAAUGUGGCUUAUUCACUCAUUCCAGGCAAUUGAAUCAGGUGUCCUACUGGCAAUGGCUUUAGAUCGCUACGUCGCCAUCUGUGACCCCUUGAGACAUGCCACUGUGUUCUCCCAAAAACUCUUGACUCAUAUUGGCGUUGGGGUGACACUCAGGGGUGCUAUUCUUGUAGCUCCAAGCUUAGUGCUUAUCAAAUGUCGUCUUAAGCUCUACCGAUCUACAGUCAUCUCGCACUCUUACUGUGAACAUAUGGCCAUUGUGAAGCUAUCUAUUGAAGAUAUCCGGAUCAACAAGAUAUAUGGUCUAUUUGUUGCCUUCGCCAUCUUGGGGUUUGACAUAAUCUUUAUCACCUUGUCCUAUGUUCAAAUCUUUAUCGCCGUGUUUCGAUUGCCCCAGAAGGAGGCACGAUUCAAGGCUUUUAACACAUGCAUUGCCCACAUUUGUGUCUUCCUGCAGUUCUACCUGCUUGCCUUUUUCUCCUUCUUCACACACAGGUUUGGUUCUCACAUACCACCAUAUGUUCACAUCCUCUUAUCAAACCUUUACCUGUUAGUGCCACCUUUUCUCAAUCCUAUAGUCUAUGGCGUGAAGACCAAACAAAUUCGCGACCAUAUCCUUAAAAUGUUUUUCUCCAAAAAAAAAAAUUUGACCAUCAUAGGCAGAUAG